AUGGCAGGCACCGUUGCUUUGCCUCUUCAAGAAUAUAUUGCAUCACUGGAUCAAACUAGCCUGCCAAAUAUUCUACAAGUUUGUUCUGGAGUGUAUUUCCAAGGUUCUGUGUAUGAACUGUCGGGGAGUGAAGUUUGCUUUUCUACUGGGGAUCUAAUAAAGGUCAUUGGCGUAAAACUUCAGUCAGUUUCCUGUGAAGAUGUCGCUAACAACGAAAAAUUCGAACUGCCUAUCAACUACACAGGCGUAUUCAAGAUUGUCCCAGAGCCGAUGCCGUACAGUUCUGUCAAGGAAAUGUUGAUCAUGAGGCCUGUAGGACUGGAAUCCUCUCUCCCAUUCACCUUCACCAGCAGCUCCAAAAUGACCUUUGGUAGUCUCACCCUGGGGGCCGGUAAAGCUCUGACCGUGGUCUCCAUCGAGCAGCAUGAGGGUGAGGAAGACCAGAUAUGCUGCCUUGUCAAAGGACAAGCACAGGCCUCAGCCAAAGUGUGUAUUCCUCUGUCCUCCCAAGGGCAGUUUUACGAGUGUGAAAGUGAGGAAUGCUAUACUCUGAAAGAGAUCGUGUCAUCGCCCACCCUUCGUUGUCGAAGGUUUCGAUUGAUCAAGAACGCCAACUGCAAGCAGACCCUCAUCCUCAGUCCGAUAUACCAAAUCCAGGCCAUCAUGAACUUGAGGAAGAAUGUGCUGGUAUUCCCAUCCAGCUUAGAAGUCGACGUGGUCGAUGUCACUGAUCAGUGCAAAGAUGUGGAUUUCAUGAUGCCGCUCAGUUUGACAGAAAUUAUGUCUCAGCCUGAUGAAUCAUUACCUGCAGCGGUGGAGAUAUUAGAAGAACCACAGAACCGUUCCUUGUUCAAGAGCAGCUGGAUGCAGGGACUUACCAAAAACACACAUCUGGUUUUGCACAAGAAAAGAACCACAACCUUGGUUGUGUUAUCAAGCCUGAAGGGCCGGAAGGCGCAGCAAUACUUCCUGGUAUCUCAGCAGUAUGGUGGACGCUUUCGGAGACAGCAGAGAGAAUUUAAUUCAGUGUAUGAGCUGUACGUUGCUUCCACCCAAGCUCAAGGCCUGAUGGUCAGUGUAACAAAGAACUGUGAGGAAGUGCAGGACGAAGGCCUGCCUGCCCUCAGCGUUGGGGAGAAGCUGGAGAUUGUGGACUGCACCAGAAUGGAGCUGCAGGGCGAAGGACGCAAAGAACAGACGCAAUCUGUCGAGGCUCUUUUGUGUCAUCGUCUUCAGGAGCCAGAGGAUGCAGAUGAUGAUGACAGUGACGAGGAAGUCAAACAGAAGGAAGAGAAAGAUGUGGUUUUGAUGCCCCUCUACAUGCAGGGUCACUUUGUAGAAGUACUGAGGGAUAACAAAAAGCAUAAACUCUCUGACCUGAGUAAGGACUUUAGCUUGCCACUGGACGUGAAGGUGGUGAGCCGUGACACGGAACUCGAAACUGAUCCACUGGUUGGGUUUACUUGUCUAAGAAUAGAAGGGGUGCUGUUGGAGCCCACCAUUCAGGCAAGCUUUCCACACAAGCCUGACCACUGUUUUGAGCUCCCAGUCAACUGGCUCCUUAUGUCUGUCUGCUUCACCAAAGAGCCCCUGCCAUGGCCUGAAGGUCAAUGCCCCAAUUGUUCCACUGAAAGGCUCAUUGAAGUGUCAGAUACGUUCUUUUACGAAUUUCGGAAACAGGCUAACACUGAUGAGGCUCCUCCACCUCGACCGCCAAAGCGAGAUUUGUCAUUAUUAACAUCGUCAUCCAAAACAUCUUCUAAAGCCUCAAAGAAAUCAUCCAAACCCAAAAAGUCCAAAAGUGUCCCAGCUGACCAGUUCAGUACUCUAACCUUGAAUAAGAAAAGAACACCAGCUCCACCACCACCUGAAGAUAGCCAAAAUGAAGAACCUCCACCUCUAGUACCACGAAAACACGCAGAGGCUGAAAAAAAAGGCAAGGCACUGCCCAACACUUACAUCAAAAUGCAAGAUGCACAGAAAAAAGGGCCCCUGUGUAACGUGGCUGCAGAUGUGGACAGUGACCAUGACUACGAAACUGUGGAUGACUCUUUCAUAUGUAUAAAGAAGUCGGCGCAGGAGAGUGUAGCGUUUUAG